AAAUCUCAUAAUUCUUAAAAUAUAAACAUAAUUCUCUCUAUUUUUAAUGAAUCCAUGUUUUACUCCUAAGAUAAUAACACGCACUAUCACUCCAUAUAAACCUCUUCAACUUUAUAUUCAAGGAUUUCUUGAUUGUAUUUUUAUUAUUGCUACUAUGCGAGGUAGUGUCUCUGAAUGGAUUUCUGUCGAUUUAAACCAAGCAAUUCCAUUUUUUGAUGAAACCUCAGCAGCACAGCAAGAUCAAUUACCUCUACCACAUCUCUCGGCAAAAUUUCUUUUAGGAGCAAGUCAUCUUCCACGAGCUGAUUUUGCACAAAUGCUUGCCUGUCAAGUAGCAAGUUAUAUUCUCCGUAAUUCUGUUAAAGAGAACCGGAUGGUUCUAGUUGGCUUUGGAUUGGAUUGGACUGAUGAUUUAGAGGGACAACGAAGCAUUUAUAACAAUGUUUUAGAAAUGCUUCAACAAUGCAAGGUUUGGUAGUAAAUAGCUCAUUUUCGAGGGGGGAGGAGGUAUUUAUAGGAUAA